CUCCCUCCCCUCCCUCCCGCCCUCGCGCGCCUCCCUGCCUCCCUCCCUCCCUGCCGCGGCUCGGCUCCCUCCCCUCCCGCCGGCCGGAGGCAGCCGGGUCGCGCUCGCCGGCUCCCACUGCUCUUCCCCCAGUGAAUGGUCGCGGCGGGAGCGGGGGCAGGGCGAGCCCGGCGGGGCGCGGGCCGGCGGCGGCGGCGGGAGCGGAGCCCCAGCGCGGAGGAGCCGCCGGCAGCGGGCAGCGCCCGGCGAGAACAGAACAGGCCCCUGAUAGGAUCUGACUAUCCUUCUGCACGGCCAAAUCUGAAUAAUUCAAAGUUCACAGGAAAAUUCUGAUGGAAAACUGACCUGUUGAAAAGGGAAUUUCAAAUGCAAGUUCUAUUCUAAAUAAGACACCUCAAGGACCAGGAAGUCUACCAGCGAGCCUGUAGGGCCACCAGGUUAUCAGAGAUUAGAAGGAACAUUCAAAGAAGGAAAAGGAACCAAGAUAAAAGACCCCGGCACAGCCCCUUGAGAGCACAGCGGUGGCGUGGCCAGGGAGGGACAGCUGCCAGGCGAGGAGAGAGGAACACAGCAACGAGCUGUUGAAGUGCGCGGCGGCACUGCGACCCGGGGCCAAGCGAGGCCGGAGGAAGCUGGCUGCAGGGGAGGGGGGAGGCUGCCAAAAAGAAAGCAGGGACUUGUGAGCACGGUGUCCUGGUUACAUGCAGAUUUCUUGGUCAGGUCCCCAGGUUCAGCUCGGUUUGGAAAAAAAAAUAGCUGCAAGCUGACCUAGUAUCAUUAAUUUAAACUGGUAUGCACGUGUCCCAGAAAGAGUAUGCAUUAACUGAGAAAGAUGCUCAUGACUGACUUUGCAGGAAGCCAUUACUUUCAGCAUGAAGCUUCGAGUGCCAAGCUUAAUAUGCCAUCAUCCAAAACUGUUUGUCUUUCCAAAUGGCAGUAUUGCCAGAUGUCCGAAGUGGUUGACCUAAGUGGUUGAUCGAAAGACUUGGAACACAGGUGUGUGAUGUCAAUCUAGUGGGCAGUCCUUGGGGCCAUCCCCGCCAGCCUGGAGCGUCAUGUGCCAGUAUGAAUAUUAGGAAAGAAAAGCGCACUUCAGAGCUCAGCAUCCAAGAGAGAAAAAAGGAGGAACUAAGCAGAGAGAACAAAUGACCGUGCUGCUUGCGAAACUUUAGGCAGUUAACUUUUUCUCCUGAGAAAUUUUAUCUUGGCUGUUGUGAGAGAGCUGAAAAAGCAGAGCAGCAACAGUGAUUUUCUUAGUGUUCUUUUUUCUUUUUUAAUUUAAUUUUUUCUCCUUCUGCCUGGAUUUAAGACCAUCAGCUGCACUGAUCACAAGCACUGGACAUCAAUAUGUGUCAUGUCAUUGUAACGUGUCGGUCAAUGCUAUGGACGCUCCUGAGCAUUGUUGUGGCUUUUGCAGAGCUCAUUGCUUUCAUGAGUGCAGACUGGCUGAUUGGCAAAGCCAAACCUUUGAGCUCUGAGGAUAUGGACAACAGAACAGGAGGGUCGCAGGAGCCCUACCACCCAACGCUGGGCAUCUACGGGCGUUGCACCAGGAUCUCCCACAUGCAGGUUUCUAGACGAGACAUGCUUUGUGGUCCUUACGCUGAAAACUUCAAUGAGAUUGCCAGUGGGUUCUGGCAGGCUACCGCUAUUUUCCUAGCUGUGGGAAUCAUGAUUCUCUGUGCUGUGGCAUUUGUGUCCGUCUUUACUAUGUGUGUGCAGAGUAUUAUGAAGAAAAGUAUUUUUAAUGUCUGUGGGCUGCUACAAGGGAUUGCAGGCCUCUUCCUUAUCUUAGGCUUGAUACUUUACCCUGCAGGUUGGGGAUGCCAGAAAGCAAUAAGCUAUUGUGGACAUUACGCUUCUGCUUACAAACCAGGAGACUGCUCGUUGGGCUGGGCUUUCUACACAGCUAUCGGUGGCACUGUUCUGACAUUCAUCUGUGCUGUCUUCUCGGCGCAAGCUGAAAUUGCCACAUCCAGUGACAAAGUACAAGAAGAAAUAGAAGAAGGGAAAAACCUUAUCUGCCUCCUCUAACUACAGUGAGAAAAAUACCAGUGCCUGGAUCUUAAUCUGCUGUCCAGUGACUUGAUAAGCAGAUUCACUUACCUGUUUCCACCACUUGUGUGAUUGAGCCCCAUGCAUUCCAGCCCUGAACUACUGAAACAGUCUUUCUUCCUUGCUGGGCAAUGAGAAGCAGAGAAAGGAUCCCAAGAAAAUAGAAUGUAAAUUCUUGGGAAUUUUUUUUUUCAUUAUAUUAUCAGGACUAAGUGGAAUAUAUUAAUCAGAUGGGGGGGGAUGAGGAAACAUUUGUAUAUAGCAGGAAUGUUGUUAUAUAACUGACAAAUUCUGAUUGAUGCGAUUGCCUUACCCACCUUGGUCACUCUGAAGAAUUUGGAUUUAAAAUAAUAAAAGCCAGCAUAUUUUUCUUAUAUAAAAAAGGAGAAGCCUAUUUUAAUUAGGUUUUGUUUCCAAGGGCUACCCUCACCUGUGAAUACUUCACCACCACCUGCUUUGGUACCGUACUUUUCACUGAGGUGCUUUUUUGAUACUGAAUUUCCUUGAAGUACAGUGCCUUCUUGAAUAAUAAGUAUAUAAUGAAGAGAGAAAAGUUGACAUGAUGCAGUUUAUACCUAUCUUUAAGGAGGAGUUGAAGUUGAAUCCUUGCCAUAUUUCUUUGUAUUGAACCUUACAAUGCAAAAUAUGUGCUACUUUUUACUUAGCAGGUAAAAUAUUUUGGUUUCAUUGAAUAGGCAGAGAAGCUGUUGUUAGACUGGCUUACACCUGUGUCUGAUAAAAACUAGCAGAAUUAUUCUUUUAGCACAUGUUGGGCAAAAUAUUUAUACAGCAAUUGUGCCUUUAUCAGAAAGCAGAUAACUCCACAGCCCAGCUGGGCAUUAUCUUAUGAAUGCCAACAGUAUGGGCUGGACUUCAGCCGCCUCUACAAAUGUAGAUCACAUGUUGGACUUGCACAGUAUUAUUCUUUCUCUUGCCAGUGAAACCUCACUCCUAGUCUACAGACCAAUAUGUCUAAUGUCCUGGAGCCAGCUGAGUGUUUAAUACAUUUACAUCUUUCAGGAAGCCAUGCCAAAUUCUAAAUGGCUGGGAAGAUCUUUUCCCGUUUUUUUAACCACAUGUAGUAUGGACCAUUUUCCAACUAAAUCAGCAGAAAUAAAACAGAGCUGGCCACGACGACAUUCCUUUCUCAAAGGCAGGCAGUUGUGUUACUUGUGGUGUCUCAUCACUUACUAGAACUACUUCUGAAAACAAAUUCAAAAGGUAUUAAUAGAAGGAAUGAUGCAACUACAAUGGUAUAGAAGCACAGGGGAGAAUUCAUCUGACAAGUAAUUCUAAUGAAAUAAGUAGUGCAUCUUAGACUCUUCUUCUUAGUGGUCAGUAACAUUUAACCCUACCCGAUGAUAGUGCUGGCGCUCCAUCUGGUCACUGCAUAAUAUGGAAUGUAUUCUGGUUUAUGCCUGGUAAGUCUGUUAAUGUGUGCCAGAAGCUGUUCAUAGGUAUUAAAAUUGUUAUUGUACAGGUAGAUAGCUCACAUCUGUCUACUUCUCUGUGCCCCAACCCCAAGUCACUCAUGAUACAAGACUCGUUCAGCAGUUGCUGCUGCAAGCCAAGGGCUGGGCUUGAGCCUGUGCGCACACAAGCCGUCACUGCCCCACGGAUGGCUGCUGCGUGCGUGGAUACUGCCUUGCCGGCGCUGCUCCCAGCCUGUGCGUGCCUGCGCGCUCGCGCCAGAUGCCAGAGGGAUGCGUAGAUGGUCUGUGAGCCACUCUUCAAAAGCUAAGGUCAACCUCUGGUGAUAUUAAGGUAUUACUUUAAUCUCUUUUGUAUUAACCUAUUUCUCUAGCCCACUUUCACCGUAUUCUAGAUUUUAAAAUAGAUAAUUCACUUUUCUUUCAAAUAUUUAAUUAAAAAAAAAAAACACCCAAAGUUGUGGUCUGGAACCAAUUAUGCCAGAUAGCUGCACAAAGCCAGAUUCAUUUUAACAAACCAAAACCACUAGAACAAAGUGGUGUCUGAGGACAAGAAAAAAAAAAAUUAUAUAUAUAUAUAUAUAUAUAAAAAAAAAAAAAAAAAUCACAGCCCGCAUAUCCUAUCCAUACAUGUGCUUUACUUACUGCCCCCCCCCCCCCCCCCCCCCCCCCCCCCCCCCCCCCCCCCGUACACAGAAAGAUACCUUUGGAAGGACAUGCUGUUGUUCUACAGUUACAUUAGCUGCACACGAAGCCCAGCGCCGCUGUGCCGGAGCCCCCUGCUGGAUGGCGCGCGCGGCUGUGCGCCCACACACCCUGGCCUUGGAGGAGAGCGGCUGGGAAGAAUAAGAGUAGCAUAAAAUUGAGUGAAAAUGAAUCGCAAAAUAGAUUUAUUGUUUUAGCUCUUCUUAGGUGGGUAGCAAUCCAACGUCAAUGUUGCCACUGCCAACAAAUUUUGACACUACAUUAGUGUGACAAAUGCUGCUUUGGCUUGACCACUUGAUUAGUCAGAAUAAGGUCAGUUUUUCCAGAAAGUAUAGCGGGCAUAUACUGCUUUCCACUUAAAGGUAAACCGUGAACAACUUUAAUUAUAUGUAUUAUUAGCUGACCUUUGCUGUGAUCUCCAGAGAGCUUAAAAAUUUUAAUAUUGGAGUUUUUAAGUAUAAAGAAAGUAUUUUCAGUGGAAUAUUUUGCUUUUGUUUGCAUUCGUAACCGAGAAGAACCAGCUUUUCUGCUUGUUGCUGGCGUACUAGCAACUUGCUCUGCAAUGGCAUAAUCAAUGAACUUGCAAGAAUAUCCAUGUUCAUCACCUAGCACAGUUAGAAGACAGGCUGGGAAGAAAUGCAGAAACAAAUCAGAAUUUCUUUUCUCAGGGGUCUGUUUUUUCUAGCAAGUGAUAAGAUGGUAUAUAGAUAUAUAUGUAUUGCAGAUUUUUCUGGAUGAAGUUUUUUCAGGUGUAUGGUGCACUCAUUUAAUCUGACAUCUGGUCAAAGUUGUUCCUGAAAUUCACCUCAGCAGUAGCUUUCAAAGAUGUUUUGAAAAAAACAACACAGAAGAAAAAGAAAUCAGCUUAAAACUGAUUUAAUUAAUGUCAUGAUGGGGCUGUGGAGUGUAACUGCUUCUUAAUGUACAUGCACUGCAUAGGAUUUGGAAAAAUUUGCUGUGGAUUCUUUAAAACCUGUGUGCCAAUUAGUUCAGUUUUAACUUUGACUUUUUUUGUGGUAUUGAAGAAGUCUUCAAACAUCUGUGGUUUGAUCUCCUCUGUAAACUUAUAUUCUGUAAAGUGCCAUAGACCAUUUUUUAAAAGUGUAGCAUAUUUAAAUACAUAUAUAUAUAUAUAAAUAUAUACACAAACUUGUGUGAGAUGUGCAAUAACAGGAAUUUUUUUUUUGUAGUUUUUGGUUUUAAACAAGAUAUUUGAAAAGGGACUUCCCCAGGAAGGAGUGGCUGGAGUUUUGGUGAUGUGGACAAAUUGAGCAUAGAAUAAUGCAACAGAAGCACUGGUUUAGAAGAUGAAUGCAACAACAGUGACAGCAGCUUAAAGAUUUAACUAAAAAUCUCUUCUAGACUAAUUUGAAAUGCUCCUAUCUAUAUAAUACAGACCAUUCAAAUGUGAAGCUGUAUCCCUCUUUGGCAAUUUACAGUCUAAAAGCUGAAGAGGCUCAGCCUGUUCCUUAAUGUGCUUUAUAGUAACGCGGCACUGCAAAAAACAUUGCAACUGAGCUAUUUCUGGUUAGUCUAGAUCAUCUUUGCAUCUGUUUUACUCAGUAAAAUUAACAUUCUCUGGAUUCUGAGAGUUUUUCAGCUAAAUCAUUUCAAUUUUGCAUUAUUAUCCCACAUCAGAAUAUCUCACUUCCUAGUGGUAAAGGGAGAUUUCAAGUUUUCCUUGGAAGCAGUGGGCACUGAAGCCUACCACAGGGAACCAUCGUGGAAGGACAGAGCCCAACAAAAGUAGAGCGCGGCAGCAAUGUGUACACCACAGCCACCUCGUAUGAAAGGAGCGGCUGUGGCCAUCCAGCUGGACUAGAUUUUGAGCCAUGGUUUAUUUGUGGUACUGCUGUUGUGUUCUUGAGUCACCACUAUGUACAUUUGUUAGCAUGAAUGAUGUACCUAAUGUUUUUUAAUCAAAAUUUCAAUUAAAAUGUGAGUUUUCAAACUUUAACAGAA